AUGGAAGAUGCCGCCUCGUUUGAUAACCGACCGCCUGUUCUUUUGGGACGGCGGCCGGUAAAAGGUGAUGUUGAAGCAGGGAAGAUGGAGCAGGAUGGUAUCCAGGCUCAAGUAGGACAAGUGGUGGGCAAAAGCAAAACCGUGGAUGCCUGGCACGAAAAAUGUUGUGAGAAGACAGCUCUGGUCCUGGGCAUGAUCUUCGCCGUUGUACAGGGCGUGUCAGCUCCUGCGAUUGCGCUUUUCAUGGGCGAGAGCAUCACCACCUUAGCAGUUGCAGAUCAUGCAAACGAGUUGGAUGCGAUGAAACCUGAGCUCAUCAAGAUCGGCGCUUUGGCGGCCAUCCAGUUCUCCACCGCGUUCGCUUGGCAGACUUGUUUGGGGUGGGCUGCUGCUAAGCAGGCCCUCCGCUGGCACCGUGGUUUCCUGGGUGCCUUGCUGUCCCUGGACGUAUGUUGGUAUGACGAGCAUGAACCAGCAGGAGUGGCAUCUAAGCUGGAGAGCGACUCAUCAAACGUCUAUUUGUUCAUGUCUACAGUGCUUGGGCACCUCAUCGUCAGCUUGGCGCAGUUCGCGACCGGCUUGUUCCUUGCUGUCUAUGAAGGCUGGCAGCUGGCCUUUGUGGUGUGCGCGACGAUGCCCGUCAUGAUCCUUGCCGGCCACCGCAUGGGCAAGGAGGUGGAGUAUCACACCACUAUCCAACAGGCCAAGUUUGCCCGCGCCUCUGCGGUUGCAGAGGAAUCCCUGAUGGCUAUCCGAAGCGUCGCAGCCUUUGGGGGUGAAAACAUGGAGGCCGCCCGCUUCGAAAAAGAGCUCUCACCGGCCAAGGUUGCUGGAAUACGAACUGGCGCAAAGAUCGGGGCCGCCUGGGGUGUCUUGAACUUUUUUUACCCAGGCCUCUACGCUUUGGCACUCUGGUAUGGCGGCCAUGUCCUGAUGCGUAAGGAGAACGCUGGAUUCGAGGCCAGUCGCAUUGUCACCGUCAUGAUCUCCAUGAUGGUGGGCGUUUCAGGACUCAGUGCCUUCAGUGGCUUUGCCCCGGUGAUGGCGAAAGCUGCUGCUUCAGCAAAAUCCAUGAAGGAAGUGAUGGCCUGCCAAGCUCGGUACAUCGAGCAGCCCCUCUACACGGAAGGGGAGCUCCCAGACGAGCUUUGCAAGGUAGAAGUGAUCGAGUUUCGGAAGGUUAGCUUCAAGUACCCUGCAAGGCUUGACAAAUGGGUACUCAGCGGCUUGAGCUUUCGGGUUGAGAAGGGGCAGAAGGUCGCGCUGGUAGGUGAGAGCGGCUGCGGCAAGAGCACCACCAUCCAACUCCUCGAGAGGUUCUACGAACCCAGUGCUGGCGAGGUCUUGGUGAAUGGAGUUCACCUGUGGCGGGUGCCUGCAAAGGCCUGGCGAAAGCAAAUCGGCUAUGUCGGCCAGGAGCCUGUCCUCUUCGCCACCACUGCGAUGAAAAAUCUGAAGGCUAUGGAUGAGUCCAUCACCGAUGAGCAAGCAAUCCAGGCCGCCAAGGAUGCACAAAUCUAUGACACCUUGAGUCAGCUUCCGGAAGGGAUGGAGACCUUCGUAGGCACGGGGGGUGGGCUGCUCUCAGGGGGACAGCGUCAGCGCGUUGCAAUUGCACGUGCCCUCGCGAAGAAGCCUCAAGUCUUGCUCCUGGACGAGGCCACCUCUGCUUUAGACAACGAGUCUGAGCGCAUGGUUCAGGCUACUUUGGACUCGGAGAGCAUGCGCCACAUCACUACCAUCUCUGUAGCCCACAGGUUGACGACCAUCAAGGCCUCAGAUGUGAUCUACGUUCUCAAGGAUGGCUAUUGCUGUGAGCAGGGCAACCAUGAGGAGCUGAUGGAAAAGAAGGGCCAGUACUAUAGUAUGGCUAAGCUACAGCAGGCCAAGCGCGAGGAGGAGGACCAAGAUGAGGAGACGCAGAAGAGUCGGCUGGAAGAGAGGCACGCCACCGCUCACACUUCACUGGUCUCGGCGUGCAGCGAAGCCCAGCAGGAUCAUGGGAUGUCAGUGAACGAUCCAGGCAAUGACACGGGCAAAGCUGUGCCCCCACGGCUUUGGUGCCGACUGAUGGACAUGAUGAACAUCUAUUGGUGGGUUUGGCCCGUUGCUGUCAUCGUUGUCCUGGCUGGAGCGGCCGCCAUGCCCCUGGAGGCAGUCUUUUUCAAUGCUGCCGUGGUGGGUCUCUCUGAGACUGCCAAAGACUUCGACUUGGAGGCAAUGUAUGUGAAGCUGGACAAGGCCGUCAUAGGCCUUGCUUUGGUCGGCCUGGCAUCAGGAGUGGCUGUGCUCUGCCAGAACUCGCUGUUCUCCUUUGUACAGGAGAGCCUCUGCAUGAUUCUGCGCAAAGCAGCUUUCGCAAGCACUGUUCGCAUGGACAUGUCCUUCUUUGACAAGCCCGAAAACCAGACUGCCAGCAUCCUGGUGUCCUUGGAGAGGCACAUGAGUCGAGUCGGGCAGAUGCUUGGCAUUCAGCUGGGAAACUCAGCCGCUGCCUUGUCCACUUGCAUCCUCAGCAUUGUCUUCAGCAUGUUCGGUUGCUGGGAGCUGGCCUUGGUCCUCUUCGGGCUUCUGCCGAUCUUCGGAGUCCUGGCUCUGACGGUUGCGGCGCGUGUGGCCGGCAUGGACUCUGCCAGGUUGGAAGCCUACAGCAAAGCCGGAAAAGCCACCUCAGAGGCCGUCACAUCCAUUCGUACCGUGAAGGCCUUGGGGGCCGAAGAGCGGACCCUUGAGAUCGUGAGCGAGAACUUGGAGAAGCUGACAAAGCUGAAUGAAUCGAGGUCAUGGAAGCUUGGUCUUUCCAUGGGCUUGAACUUGGGUCUUGUCCAGGUGAUCUUGCUAGCAGGCUUUUGGAUGAGCGCUAUCUGCAUUCAGUUCUGGGGGUUUGAUGCUGGCGAAGUGCUGAUGACGCUCUUCUGUGUGGUGUUCGGCGUGAUGUCGGUUACCUCCAUUGUGCAGCACAUUCCAGAUGCCGCCUCGGGCCGGAAUGCGGCAGUGGAAGUCUUCAAGCUGGUCGACCAGGUCUCUAAGAUUGACGCAACGCAGCCCACAGGGCGCAUCGAGAGCAUUGGGGAUGGGUCGAUUAAGUUCAAGAACGUGACCUUCUGGUACCCGCACCGUCCAGAGAUUGUGCUGAAGUCCCUAAGCUUCAAGAUCUCUGCUGGCCAGUCCGUUGCCCUCGUAGGGUUUUCGGGUAGCGGGAAGAGCACGGUCAUCCAGCUGCUCAUGCGAUUCUACGACCCUCAACAGGGACAGCUCUUAGUGGGAGGAAACUCCUUGGCUGACUUUAACGUUGCCUUUUGGAGGCGACAGGUGGGCUUGGUCUCACAGGAGCCAGUCUUGUUCGAUGUGUCCUUGGAGGAGAACGUGAAGUACGGCUGCUGGGAUGCCACGGAGGAACAACUUCAGGCGGCUGCCAAGGCGGCACACAUGGACUUCCUGCUCAAAACCGGCUCCGACACGGACUCCGACUCCGGGAACAGUUCGACAAGUGCCACCAGCAACGGCUCUGGAAGCGCCUCUGGCGCGGCCUCGUGGAAUUCGGGGAAGGGCAAGUGGAAGUGGACGGACCGCGUGGGAUUGCGGGGGGAGAGGCUGUCAGGCGGCCAGAAGCAACGUUGUGCUUUGGCCCGGGCCUUGCUCCGAAACCCUGCCAUCCUACUGCUGGACGAAGCAACCUCGGCCUUAGACUCCACCGCAGAGAAACAAGUUCAGCAAGCCAUGCAGGAGGCCCGAAAGGGUAAGACCACCAUCACAGUCGCACACCGGCUCUCAACCAUCCGGAACUCUGACAAGAUCUUUGUGUUGUCCGAUGGCCAGCUCGUUGAGUCCGGCAACUAUGACGAGCUCGUAGGCCUUGAUGGCAACUUCGCCAAGUUGGCAGCAGGAAGCUUAUGA